AUGGGUAUCUCCAUGGAAGAGAAUAUACACGCUCCUAUCGUUUCCUCCGGCGAAACGUCUGGAGGGGCGACUCCUCCGAGAAGCAACAUGUUUAAGCUCUCCGUGCCAGACUUGAUGCUCAAGAAGGAGUUGAUCGAGCACAAAAUGUCGACUCUCAGCGGCGUACUCAAGUCGCAUGGUGUUAGUAUGGAUACGCCGUUGAUGACCGAGGAUGGUUUCCCGCGCAACGAUCUCGACGUUCCCCAGAUACGGACCACUCGCGCGCAGAUCAUCCAUCUGCGAAACGACCACAAGGAGGUUAUGGCGCAUGUCGAGCAGCGCGUCUACGAACACUUCAAGCAGCACGAACAGAAUAACUUCACCUCGCCUCCCGCCUACACGACAAUAGCGGCUACUGCACCACGCGCCAUCCUUCUUGACGAUGCUACUCUGACCGCGGGUCCGGCUUUCGCAAAGGUUACCGGUGUCGUGUCAGGAAGCCCGGCAGACCAGGCUGGCUUGGAAGUCGGAGAUACCAUCAAAAACUUUGCAGGCGUGAACUGGACCAACCACGAGAACCUCAGCAAGAUUGCGCAGGUUGUUCAGAAGAACGAGGGAUGCGUCAUGAACAUCAAGGUCUCCCGGAAGGAUGAGUCCCGCGAAGGUCAGGCUAAAGAUGAGUUGAUGCAAAUCGUCCCUCGUCCUGGUUGGGGUGGUCGUGGCUUGCUGGGCUGCCACAUCGUUCCGAUUUGA